AUGGAGUCAAUCUCCGGAACCCUCAAAGAGGUUAAUUUUCUAGUGGUGGACGAAGUGUACACUGUUGAAACCUGGGGCACUGGCACAAAACAGAAAGCAGCAUUUAGACAAGCAUUUGGUCUGGUGAAAGAUUUGCGUUCUUUCCUUGGCAAAAAGCCUGUUCUGGCAUUAACCGCUACUGCAUAUAAAGAUAUGAGGAAGCGACUAUGUAAUCUUCUUGGAUUCACUUCUUCCCAUAAAGAAAUUGUGAUUAGUCCAAACAAGCAAAACAUCAGGUUUACCAUUACUCAGGCUGAUAAGAAACUCAGGUGUUUUGACUGGCUGGUUGAACUUUUGAAGACAGAAAAUGCAAAUGCACCUCUCACAAUAAUUUUCUGUCACACUGUUAGUGAUAUUGUCCUCGUUCUGAGUUCACUACUAAUGAAACUAGGAAGAAAUGCUUACCUUGAUGGAACAGAACUAUUGCCAGAACGUUGUCUUCUGGGAGUUUAUUAUUCUGCCACUCCAAUGGCAAUGAAAGAGCGUGUAACAAAUUCAUUUAUGGGUAAUGGCAAUGCCAGAGUAGUCAUCGCCUCAACAUCUCUUAGCRUGGGGGUUGAUUUUCCCAAUGUAAAGUAUGUUGUGCAUUUUGGACCUGGGAGAUCCCUGUCUGACCACCUACAACAAGCAGGAAGGGCUGGAAGAGAUGGUGGCCAAGCUUACAACAUUGUUCAUUAUUUAGGAAAGCAUCUUGGUCAAUGUGAACGCAGCAUAAGAAAUGUCGUCAAGAAUAAAAGUGAAUGUAUAAGAAAAUUGCUUCUAUCCCACUUCACAGAUGAGGAAGUUACCAUCUCUCCAAAGCACAUUUGCUGCAACAGAUGCCAUACCAAUUGUACAUGUGGUGGAAAAAAGUGCAAAAUUGACAUGUUUAGCUAUGAUCAAGUGGUUGAUGAGGCCAAAAGUGCUGGCACACAGGGAGAUGUUAGUAAAAGGACUAGAGAGGUAAGCACUGAAGACAAACAAAUUCUUAAAGAUGCCUUAGAAGAAGUUCAAAUAUCACUUGGUCUGGGAACUGGACUCACUUUUUUCGAUUCAUGUGGUGUCAUGACUCAUGGUUUCUCAUCUAGUAGAGUUUUCCGAUUUAGCGAUUUUUUUACAAAUCUGGCAAUUUGGUACCAGCACGUGCCAUAA